UUUAUCAUUUAUAUACAUAUUUUUAUUACAUUUUGUUUCUAUUUAUUAUCUUCAUGUAUUCAUUUCCCUCGGAUUUUAUAAGCUUAACAAUCCUCACUUUAUGAAUUGACUUAAUUUUAUGAUUGAGUUAGAUCCGAUCACACUACUAAAAAUUUAAGCUAAUUUAUCAUGAAUCAAGACAAAAUUUAUAUUGUAAAAUAUGUAAUUUUUUAUUCAUUUUUUCACUGGAUCAAUUCACUAGGAAAGCACAUGCCGUGAAACAGGUUCUUACUGAAAUACUAAAAAGUAUCUUAAUUUGUCCUUGUGAAAACACUAGUAUUAUUUUUCUUCUCUCAAAAUAUUUAUAGAAAUAGCCACCGAACAUUUUUCAGGGGAAUUCAAAGAAAAAGUAAUAAUUUUUUUAGAUGUGGAUGUUUUAUUUUUUCUCGUCAUGGUUGGUAUCUAUCUCUAUUUUUUAUUUGCCCAAGGUUGGACUUUCCUGUUAUAUUGUUCACGCUUCAUAUAUAAUAUAUCCUACUUCGGGGCGUAUUUGUUUUAAUUAGAAUAAUAUUCCAUAAUUUUCGAAUAAACUAAUAUGUUCUUAUAUGAUCUUGAACAAUCCUCGUUUCUGGAUAUUAAUUUUUCCUUUGUUAUUGUAAAGCUGCAGAAUUUCACUAGACAAGUUAAUUAGUUCAGAUGAAGAAAAAUAGUUCACUUAUUCUUAUGACCUGUUUGAUUGUUCUGCUAAUUUGUGUGAAAUCAAGUAAUGGACAUUCUCAUAUAGGGAGAAAUUUACUGAGCAACCAAACAGAUAGUUAUUAUGCAGUAAUAUUUGAUGCUGGAAGUAGUGGAAGUAGAGUUCAUGUUUUUCGUUUUAGUCAAAAUUUGGAUUUACUUCCUAUUGGUGAAUAUGGUCUUGAAGUUUUUGAUAAGGUUAAACCAGGGUUGAGUUCAUAUGAAAAUGAUCCAAAAGCAGCUGCUAAAUCAUUAGAGCCUCUUCUAUUAAAAGCUGAAAGUGUUGUUCCUAUAAACUUGCACCCUGAUACACCUGUGGAACUUGGGGCAACUGCAGGCUUAAGAAUGUUAAAAGGCAAUGCUGCAGAAAGAAUUAUGCAAUCGGUGAGAAAUAUGCUGAAGAAUGAAAGCAUAUUUGAAUACAAGGAUGAAUGGGUUUCUAUCCUUAGUGGAACUCAAGAAGGUUCUUAUCUUUGGGUUGGCUUGAAUUAUUUAUUAAAAACUUUGGGUAAAAGCUACCAAAAUACAGUAGCUACUAUAGAUCUUGGAGGUGGAUCAGUACAAAUGGCUUUUGCUUUAUCAAAGGAAAAUUCAGAAAAAGCCCCCAAAAAUUUAGAUGGAGAGAAUUAUGUGUUGCAUAAAUCCCUCAUGGGAGCUAAUUAUUACCUUUAUGUUCAUAGUUAUUUGAACUAUGGUUUACUAGCAUCAAGAGCUGAAAUUCUUAAAGUUUCAAGAAACUCUACUAGUCCAUGCAUUUUGAAGGGCACUGAUGGUUACUAUACAUAUGGGGGAGUAGCAUACAAAGCUUCACCUUUACCAAAUGGUUCAAGUUUAAGAAAAUGCAAGGCAAUUGUGUGGAAGACACUUAAGUUAAAUGCACCAUGUAAAUAUCAUACUUGUACCUUUAAUGGUGUGUGGAAUGGUGGAGGUCUUGAUGCUAUCAAGAAUAUAUAUAUUUCAUCAUUUUUCUUUGAUAUGGCUUCUGAGGUUAAUAUUGUUGAUCCAAAAGCAUCAUCUGGCAAAGCUAAGCCAAUACAAUACCUAAAUGCAGCCAAGAUUGCUUGCAAGCUAAAAGCUGAAGAAGUAAAAUAUGUGUUUCCUAAUGUGGAUAGUAAAGAUCUCCCAUAUCUUUGCAUGGAUAUGAUUUACCAAUUCUCUUUACUUGUGGAUGGAUUUGGUUUGAAUCCUCAUAGAGAGAUUACAUUGGUGCAUGAUAUUAAUUACAAAAAUAAUCGUGUGGAAGCAGCAUGGCCAUUGGGUUGUGCAAUUGACGUAGUCUCAUCAUCAUCUUUGAGGACUCACAUUUCAUCUUCUUAAUUAAAUAUUAUUUCUAAUUAAUUAGAUUGCCUUAAAAAGUACUAAUAUUAUUCAUUUGUGAGUUAAUGCUUUGUAAUGCCUUGCGUUUCUCUUGUUUAAUUAAUUUACACCUUAUUGGAUG